AUGCCCACCAACCUCGGCCUCGGCCUGAACCCGCUCCUACAGCCCGUCACAGUCCUAGCAGGCUGGACCUUCGUAAUGCAAGCCUGGAUGCACACGACCCGCAUCUUUGCCAUCGGCAAAUACAACGUCUCCAUCGACGCAGGCAAACUCAACGCCGACUUGGAGGCCAAAGUGCCCAACAGCAUCCAGGCUAUCGCUCACAACUACAACCAUCUCCACGAGCAGCCGACUGUCUUCUAUGCUGUUGCCUUAGCCCUAGCGAUGGCGGACGAUCGUCAUGAUUACACGCUCAAUGCGGCGUGGACGUAUGUCGGGAUUAGGGUUUUGCAUUCGUUGUAUCAAGUUUAUGUUAAUGAAGUUUUGACACGAUUCCAGAUCUUUGCGAGCAGCUCGGUGGUUGUUGCGGGGUUGACUGCUCGGCUUGCGACGAUUGUGUUUGCGUGA